GCCAAUGUCACCCGCCCCCAGUUCCCUUCAUUUCCGUUCUACACUCGAUAUGGUUCUUUUAUGUUAAAAGUACUCGAGUCUGUCAACUUGUAUUCGUCUAAUUUUCGCUAAUUUUUGUACAAAGCAGGCCGAAUUCUACUCCUUUUUUACACUUCUUGAAAACCUUGGAACCUAUUUUUGUAUUCCCCGUAAAAUUCUGGCCGUUUGACGCGGUUUUACGACGCGAAUUUCGAGACGAGUUUAUUUACAUUCGGUGGACAGGAGGACUUGAAUAUGAAGCCAUAAUGCAACGUUUACAUUGUGUUUGUCGUUUGUUUUGUGCUUAACCGUCUCUCUUUGGCACAAUGGAGCAAGAUGGAGUCCUUUUGGUAUGUGUUGGCAUUUUGAUUAGCUACAUUCUGUUAAAUAAAAGUGAUACAACGCUUUAUCUGUGGCUCGAUCAAAGUUAAUGUGUUUCGACUUUUCUAUUUCUGUCUAGAACGACUUCCAACGUAGGGGCAGCCGUGAUGCUCGCUCAAUGCUACGAAUCCCCUCGGAUUCCAACAUAAAAAUAUUCAACGAUGUAGACGAUUUAAAAACAGAAAUAAGACGGCAGCUUAAGAUAAAGGAAGGAGCAGAGAAUUUCAAGAAAGCGACAACCGAUAAAAAGAGUUUGACACAAUGCAAUUCUAUCUUGAAAGAGGCGAAUUCAAAAUUACAAGAACUACAUCACCAAUUGCAGGAUAUGAACGCCGGAUUAACAGACAACCCUUCAGGUAUUAAAUAUAGUUUCGGGGACACAGAUACGAGUCCUUAAAACCCGUUUAAUCGCACAUUUUGCUGCUAUGAAUCCCACAGUAUGCAAGUACAUUUCAACUCGAAGAUCCUUGUCAAUUUCAUUACAUUUUGAAACGCUAAAUGACUUAUAUAUUUAUCCAAGCCACGUUACAUAAAAGGCCCGAAUUUACACCUUGUUUUGGCAUUUAGUGAUAAGCUAUAAAUUCGGAGUUAUUUUAGCCUUUUAUGAUUAAUUUAUAUGCAGAUAUCGGCCCGUGUUUGUUUUUUUUUAAACGGUGCAAACUUUAUUAUUUUGAAAUAUGCAUUUAAUGUGUUUUGUUAGGCCACAAAUUUGAUGUCGAAAUUUUUAAUAGUGCGCCUAAUCGUUGCGAUCUUAUCUUCCUGUGUUUAACUAGUGAUAUCUUUAAACCUCCCAAAAAGGCUUGGCUAUUUGGGGAAGCUUCUCAUACAGACGUGUCGAAUAUAGCUGCAGUUUUGUUUUUGUUAUUCCCUGAUAUUGUACUAUCAUGUCAUUUAAAUUUACAAUAAUUCCUAAAUAUUGAAAUAAUGUGUCUGCUAAUACAGAUUGUUAUAAUUUCGUAUAUAUUUUGACAUGUAUAGCAUAAUUCAAAACUGUUUUACUAAACUUUGUUUCAAUUUAAUACCAGAGCUGUGUUUAUGUUUGCAGAAUUGUGGAAUUUGUAUCAUUCCAACUUUGUGUACAAACCAUGAAUUCUUGCAUCACUCAGAAGAAAUGAUUAGGGUUUAGCAUAGUUUUUGUGACCCCAGAUUAUUAUGGAGUUUUCUAGAUAAUCUACUUAAACUGUACAAAUUAACGUUAGGCACAAAUUAACCGGCACAGUUUAUAUAGUAAAUUUCCCCCCCAAAUCAUUCGACCCUCAUGUGACUUAUCAUUGAUACUAGACAUUGUUGUCACAUAGUCACUGUUAUUUUGAAAAGUAACUGCCCACACUAAAUUUAAAUACAAACAUGCUGUUUGUGGAUUAAUUUCAGGCUGGGCAAUUGCUCAGCAAUUUUGUAUAUUUGUUACCAAUUUAUUCAAAUCACACCGUGACAAAAAUUUGAGUGGGUGGCAUAAUAUUUGGUUGUCAUGUAAAACAAAAUUAGGCGUUUGCCAUUCAGGAUUAAUAUCUACAGCAACUAAUUCUUAGGGUAUUUAAUCUUUUGUUUACUGUGGAAUGAAAGUGGCUAUGUUUUAGGAGAUUAAAACUCGACAGUGCUGAAUGUUUUAAAACUACUUUGCAAGCUGUUUUGUUGGUUUUCAUAUUAAAUAUGCAAGCAGAUCCCUAGUGAGGUCUGUUGUUAUAUGAACAAUUAACAGAAUUAUGCCAUGACUCCCUGCAGACUGUAAAUGGUUGUUUUAUAAUUACAUGAGCUAAUCAAUUAAUUAUGGAAUUAAUUCCCUUGCGAGUGUUAGAUUUUGCAGCAUUCUAUGUUCUAAACGUCUUGACUUCCAUUGAUACUGAGGUCUUUACAUAAAGGCUGAUUUGCCCCUACACAACUUGUGCUUAAUUUUAAAACUGUUGCAUGCAACAUGAGUUGUAUUACCACAUGGGAAGCAUACAACUUGACUAGGUUGUCGUAGGCAAGUUGUGUGUUUGAUUUACACAGUACAACUCAAGUUGUAAGCAGGUUGCAUGUGACAGUUUUAGGCAAAAGUUGUGUGGUGUAAAUCUGCCUUGAUAAUGCUAUGAUAUCAUUCAUACUGACCAAACCGAGCAACCCAUGAUUAAAUCAAACAGUAAUACUGCAUGUACCUAAUUGAAUCUGCUCCUAUUUAUUGUGUCUCCAGACAAAAUUAUGCAUUUUAAUUAUAAUAAAUUAUAUUCAAAAAAUAAAUUAUAAAAUUAAAUUAUAUUCAUAUUAUUAGCACUGAUGAAGAUCCGGGCUUACGGAUCGAAAGCUUUGCAGUAAUAAAUUUACGUGGUGUUUCUACAAACAAAAACAAUUAUAUUUUAUCGCCAUGCAAACAUUCAAAGAACUUAAAUUAUAUUCAGUUAACAUGAAUUUUGGUUUGCUGAUGCAAAUUUGAAUGGUAAACCAUAUAUGUUUGAUAUAUUAAGCAUAGUAAUGGCAAAUGCCAAAGUGUAAUAGUUAGCCAAAUUAUUGGUUAUGUCUGCUUAAUGGUUGGACAUUUUCUACUUUCUUACCCUAAUUUUUUUAUUAUGUACUAUUUAAUUAAAACACGAGGAGACAGGUGAGUGUUUUAUAUCUGGUAAUGCAUGGACUGCAAGUGUUUUAAAUGGCUUAAAAAUGACCAAUCUUCAUGUUCAUAGGCAAAGGAGUUUUAAAAAUCAAUGUUGUCUAAGCCAAGAAAAUCAAAGCUAAAGUUUAUGUAAAUUAACAUGAUAAUGAUGUUUUAUCAGAUAAAAAACCACAGACACGGUGGUGAUUUCCUUUGUUAUUAUUAAUGAGUUUCUUAAUUAAUUUAACAACUUUUCAACCACCUGGCUGCAUUCUUCAACUGGUUGUCAGCUGGUAUGAAACAUUUUCAUUCCUAUUGUCACGUCAGGUCGGCAAUAACUUACCUGAUGUGAAUUCAGAGCCUUUACAUAUUUGUAUGCUAUAUUACUACAUGGACAUUUUAUUGAGAACAUAAAUUGGCUGCUUUUGCUCCAGAUUGGCAAAACUUAACCAACUUUAUUUUCCACUAAUUCCGAGUCUUGUAAUUUGCUUUGUGUUCUAUUGUCCUAUAGAACAAGACGAUGCUUUUUCACCAGAGAAAUGCCACCAUGACCAUGAACAAGUAAACAAACAUCUAACGACACUAAAUAAACAAAUGGCUAUCGAGCAGAAGGUUCGUCAAGGUGCAGAGAACAUGAUCCAGAUGUAUAGCGCAUCGAAGGACAAAAAAAUGCUUGCGGAAGCACAGCAAAUGUUGGACGAUUCGAAAGUAAAAAUAGACUUCUUGAAAAUGGCAAUUCUCCGAGACCAACAGCAGCACAAUGCAAUGGAAUGUGAAGAGAAUCACUCGAGCAAACCUGUUGCACCUAAACUGUCGAGAUUGGAGCACAGAAUUGAGGAAGUACGUCACCACAUCGAGAUUGAAUCCCGUGUUAUCGAUGGUUUGAAUAACAUGAAGAAGCUGCAGGAAAAGCAAGAGAAGCAGGAUAAGAAACAGAUGCAGGAGGUACUGGAAAUAUGUUAUGCUUGAUAUAUUUUGUGCAGCGCCACUGCUUUAGACACAAACCAUGGCAGCUUCUAGUUGCUGUACCUGUUUUCAAUGAGAUUUUCCAAGUUAAGACUUUCCACAUAUCAGUAAUAAUAUCCAGUAAAAAAACUUCAGAUUGAUAGGGAUGCAACUACCUGAAAAAUACAAGGAGAACUUCGUCACAGAGGUGUAACUUAACACUUGCCCGGGGCAAGUGAAUAUCAUGAUGGGCAAGUAAACGUUUUAUCUUGCUUGCCCGAUUGAGCAAGUUCCCUUACCACAAAAAACUGGUCAUCUUUAAGUUUAUGUUUUCAUUGUCGGAUACAUUUUUUAUAUGUACUUGAUUCAAAUUUUGUUUUUGUGAGCCAAAGCUAGAUCUGAGGCAGUAUAACAUAGCCAUAUAGAGAAGUGGGAGAACGGGUCGACAUGUUGUCCCCUUAAUUUAUACCCCCUACCUAGGUACCCCAGUGGCCAUUGUCUGAUGGCAAGUGAAUUUUAUUCAGGGCAACAAAUUUUCAUUUCCAACUUGCCCUGAGCGCAAGUGGUCAAAAAAGUGAAGUUACACCACUGUGUCUUUGUCAGAAAGUUAGUAUGAAGGUCCUUGCUCAAAAUGUUGAAGUUCUCCUUGUAUUUUUCAGGUAGUUGUAUCCCUAUCAAUCUGAAGCUUUCUUAUUAUUGCCACUACCUACAGUACACAGGCCUUUCAAGAUUGUCCAGUGAAAGUGUGAAACACUGCUUAGUCAGACCUAGUUAUUUGAAUUGUAAUCUUUCUGUUUCUAGACUGAAAAGAAGUUACACGAGUCAAGACAGAAACUAGAUCUUCUUCAAUGUUCACUCGAGAAACGCAUGGGUCAGAUGUCGCCAAAACAAGCCGCUGUUGGCAUCUAUCAGGAGAAUUAUGGCCCCAAGGGUUCCACCGGAUCUUUUGGUGGUGAUAAUUCCUAUGCACCCUUACCAAAACCUGCCGCCCUUACUGGCAAAUUAAUUGUAAGCAAUGGUUCGUCUUGUCAAUUAGGGUUUAUUCCCAUAACAACAAUGGUUCAAUAUUGCAUGGGUCUUAGUUUAUUGAGGUGCUCAGUCUGCUCACUCAUUGCCCAAUUGAUAGGGGUACCUACGAUUUUAACGUCCUUAUACGAGGAGUCAAUGUAAAGGUAGCACUUUCUCCUCAAUUAUUUUACGACUUUGAGUAGAGGUCUGACCAAGGAUUCCGAUCAAGGGUGAACAGUUUAGAAUUGAUAGAGCAAUCCAGUAUAGUUUAACACACCAAUGUGCCCUGCUUUGUUAUUUUUACUCUGUCUAAUGCCAGACAAUUUUGCCCAUCAAGGGGAGAGCAGUGGUGGUCAAUGGGUUACAUUUGGUUUAGCUUUUUGACAGACUUAAUUAUAUGGAAUUUAUUUAUUUGUAGGUUAUGUUGCAAGGUGCUGAUAAUUUACUAGAGUUGGUACCAAACAGAGACCCAAGAAGAGGGUCGGGUUAUUCUGUUUUUAGUCCAGAAAAUAAAUUUAGAAUGAGUAAGAAAGCCGGCCCUACAGCCAUGGAUAAUCAAUCAAGUAUGUUUGGAUAUGAAAUAUAUGCUUUAUACUUUUUUAAAUAAAUGAUCAUGUGGUGGUGAUGAUGGGGUGAUUAUGGUGAUGUGUGGUGUUUAUGAUGGUCAUGGUAGUGGUGAUGAUGGUGGUGGUUGAUGAUGGCGAUGUGUGGUGUUUUGAUGUGGAUGAUGGUCAUACUGGUGGUGAUUAUGGUGAUGAUGGCAUGGUGGUGGUGAUGAUGGUGAAUAUGAUGGUGGUGGCAUGGUGAUGUGUGGUGUUUUGAUGGUGAUGAUCAUGGUGGUGAUGACGAUGGUCAUGGUGAUGUGUGGUGUUUAUGAUGGUCAUGGUGGUGGUGGUAGUGGUGAUGAUGGUGAUGAUGGUGAUGGUGGAUGAUGGUAGUGGUUAGUGGUGAUGAUGGUGGAUGAUGGUGAUGUAUGGUGUUUUGAUGUGUAUGAUGGUCAUGCUGGUGGUGAUGGUGGUGGUGGUGAUGGCAUGGUGGUGGUGAUGAUGAUGAAAAUGAUGGUGGUGGGUGAUGGUGAUAUGUGGUGUUUUGAUGAUGUGUGUGGUGUUUUGAUGGUGAUGAUCAUGGUGGUGAUGGUGAUAUGUGGUGUUUUGAUGAUGGUGAUGAUGAUGGCUUGGUGGUGAUGAUGAUGUUGGUUAUGGUGGUGGUGGUGGUGAUGAUGGUACUUAUUGAGCUAAAUUUCUUUUUCAGCUGAGAUAAGUGCAGUGUUGACAUUAGAUAGUAUUUAUACGAAUCAGACAAGUUGGAAACCAGCUGGUAGGGAUGCUUGGGAACAAGAAUUUAGAGUAGAAUUGGAAAGAGUAAGUGAUCUAUUGUAUUCUGUUCUAUGUUAGCUGACAGCUACCUUGCGUCUAACAAUCUUAUUCAACCAGGUUGACGCACUCUCUGGUGCCCUAUCUGCUACAUGAAAUCCAUCUUAACCAAUGGACAACUUGCAUGUUGGACUAAAUUUUAAUCUAAGUAAAGAGAAGGGAAUCAAACACCACAGCUAAAAAGAACGUAAUGAAAUUAGUGAAAUUAGUAAAAUUGCAAAAUUUGGUUGCAAAAUGUUAUAAAGCUUGGAAAAUAUAGCCUUGCAAAGUUUGCAAAUUUUGUAUAUGUUUGUAUUACGUGCGGAAGUUAUUACCAUUUUCGGCUGAAAAAUGGUAACAAUUUCCGCACGUAAUACAAACAUAUACAAAAUAUACAAACUUCGCAAGGCUAUAUUUUCCCUACUUUACAACAUUUCGCAACCAAAUUUUGCAAUUUUACUAAUUUUAAUAUGUUUUUUAAGGGAGUAUACUCUUUUUUUGUCUAGAUAAAAAAUUAGUCUGACAUGCAAGUUAUCUAUUGUUAACACAGUCUGUUUCCUUGCAGUCUCGUGAACUGGAAAUUGCAGUGUAUUGGCGGGACUAUAGGGCCAUGUGUGGCGUGCUGUUUCUACGACUGGAGGAAUUUCUUGAUAACAAAACUCAUAGCAUUGCUGUACCGUUGGAACCACAGGGAGAAAUUGUUGGCACAGUAAGUAGAGAACGUUAGAUUUGACUGCGUGUACGAUUAUGAGUACAAGAUUCGUAAUUCGUGGCCUAGCCAUGAUUUGCUCUGACCCACCCUAUCAACUUUCCCUGUGGGCGGAAGCUGCAGUACCCGGAGAAAACACACAACUUUCGAUAGAGUGUUGGCCUUUUCACAUGAAUCGCGUGUUGAAUGCGGAACCAAAUCGAUCCUACACUCUCUGAGGUAGCCCGCAGGCGUUUUGGGUGGGGCUUGGCUAUAUUCAGCCACCCCCGCGCGUUUCAAACAAAACUCCUGUUUUGCAGGCCAAGUGAAAUUAAGAGGCUUGCUCAGAUGACUACACCACGGAAGCGCCCUAAUGGAUGAUUAUAGACUAAAUUUUGAUCUAUAGGCAAGAAAAGAACGAAAUCCAUCACCACAGCUAGAAAGAGCAUGUUACAAUUAGUGAAAUUGCAAAGUUUGGUUUGUGAAAUGAUGUAAAAUGCGGAAAAUAUAGCCCUGCGAAAUUUGCAAAUUUUCUAUUAAUUUCUAUUGCGCACGGGAAAAUGCACCACUUUCGGCCCAAAUGUGGUGCAUUCUCCCGCGCGUAAUAUUUUCCUCAUUUUACAACAUUUCGCGGCCAAACUUUGCAAUUUUACUAAUUUUAAGAUGCUCUUUCUAGCUGUGGUGAUAUGGACUUCGUUCUUCUUGCCUAGAUCAAAAUUAAGUCUAUGGCUGGAAUUGCCUAUUACGACUACUAGUGUGAGCUAACUAGCAAGCGAGUCAGACGUCAGCUUCGUACAUUGCAUCCAAGUUGAUAUACGAUGGUUUCUUGGCAAAUAUUGCGGACUUCGAAUUCCGCCGUGUAACCGCAAAGUAAUCUUUUGCUAGUUGUUUAAUAAAAAAAAUCACUCGUAGAGAGCCGACCUGAUUUCAAAACAAUUAUUGGUUUGUCAUAUUAAAUUCAUUUAUGCAUGCGGAACUUUUGCAACAUGCCGCUUUUUGUUUCUUUAUUAGAAGACAAUCAAAUUUCGUCUUAAUUUUAUCGCUUUGUGAUGCAAAUUUGCUUAAGUUGAGAUUGCGCACUCGCAUGGAAUAAUAUAAACAGAUUAAGACUCAAUUAUCACAAUCGUUGAAACACUAAUAACGAUAUUAUCUGAUAGCGUUGACAAAACUGUCUUUAUUUUGUUUUACUGAGAAUAAUUUAUAUUUCUAGAGCCGAAGAUCUAUAUAUAAAAUAGACCUUAUACAUGACAUGUUUUUAAGAUCUUACAUAUAUUUGAGAAUUACCGUAAAUAUAUUACAAAGCAUCAAUUUUUAAGUCUAUAUAAGUUAACUUUUAAUAGCAAUCUUCACUACACAGUAGGCUACGAAAUUCUCGACGAAGCGAUUUAUAUUCUGUUCGUAUUCUGCUCCUAUAUAAAGGCUGGAGUAGGAAUUUUUGCAUAGGUAUAAAUUCUAUCAGUUUUGAAGGAUUUGUAAGAAAUAUUUGGCUGAUUCAGUGUUUAAUACUAACACCCGCAUUCUAAUAGCUCACUCGCACUCAAAGAGUGAAGGUUCAAUCUGAGCUUCCUUUGAGUGUCAAUGCUGUUUUUGAAUAGCUAGAGGGUUAGUCUCAUACCUUACUAUGUGACUACUCACCCUUCAGCUAUUCAAAAACAGCAAUGACACUCAAGAGAAGCUCAGAUUGAACCUCCACUCUUUGAGUGCGAGUGAACUUUUAGAAUACAGGCGUAAGUCAGUUACCUCAAACAUUUCUUACAAAUACUGUGAUCACUGAAACUUUGAUGGUGUAACCAGUUUUAAAAAUUGCUGCUAUAUUACAUCGAAUCAUUAUUAUAUAUAAAGCAUAAAGCAUAGACUAUAGCAUUGCACCUGUUACAAUUUAAUUUGUCGUGGAAGUUCGCGGCUAGCUUAAAUAUCAAUUUAUUAUUUAAACUUUCAAAGUGUCGUAUGACUCUACGAUAAUAAAUCAAUCACUAUAUUACCCAUCUCCUAACACAACGCGUAAACUUGUGUUACUCUAUCUGUGACUUUUUGAAGAAUUUCAUUGCUAGUUCAAGUUUGUUUUUUUCGUAGUUUUUUUUCUCGAAACACGCGCGUGCACAGGUGGUUUUAUUAUCAAGAUCAGAAGAUGAGACAGUUCACAUUAAUUAUUUAAAACGAAUCUUUUCUUUGAGUUUCUGUUUAGCGGCUUACAAAUCUGUCAUAAACUUUAUUUAGCCUAACAAAAUUUUGCCACAACCUUUGGGCUUUCGUGCUUCGAAUUUAGUCGAGUGGGAAACUUUUUUAUGGUGUGCUCAUGUGGAUCUUUACAGAUAGCUUUGUAUAAGUGAAUUAUAUACAUAUGGACGCUGAAGCCUAUAGUUAAUUUGUAUACGAACUACAAAGCUGUUAUGUCUGUAAAUGCAUUGAACUGUGCCGUUAUGGUUUCUUGUUACGGGCUUGAAAUUUUUAACCGUAUUUCGUUCGCUACACUUGGGCACACUUGGCUGUAAUGUUGAAAAUUUGUCGACUUCUGUUGUGGUUUUGGAAUGGAAAAACGUUUGAAAGAAAGCGUUAAAUCCGAAGCAAAUUGUGUAGUUAAUUCUUUGAUGAGUGAAGACAUCGCAAUACAGCGAAACGGUGAAGUUACUAGUUCUAAUUUUAAACUCGAUUCCCGCGACGAGAAUGGAAGAAAGGCGAAUGGGAUAAUGGUUUCCGGAGGGAAUGAUAAACACGGGAAAACAGUUCAAAACAAACAAGCUCGGUCAGAUUUGGGGAAAGAAUUAGUUCCCACAAAUAGCUCAAGAGAGGUCCGAGGGAGAAGUAAAUUACCUCCCUUCCGAGUGGGCCGGUAUGUUCCUUCAGAUGGAUAUUUAUAUAGCUCGUCGAACUUUGGGAUUACUGAUGAAGCGUGUUGUGGAAACGGCAAAGAUGUCGAAUUUAAGAGUGGAUUACAUAGAGCUAAGAUUGAUAGAUUUGAAACGCAAGGGAAAGACACGAGAAUGCAAUCGGCAAGUUUCCAUGGUCUUGAGACCAAACGAACUCGGCCUAAGUUAAGAACGCGAUGCCGAAGCACUGACUGCGGUAGAGUAACUGGACAAGAUGCCAUUAGGUUGAAUAAUAAGAUAUCUAAUUGCGGUUGUAUGAGGGAGUUGGGGAAUGCGACGAAAUCGCGAGUAAAAUGCUAUAGUGCUGACCUUAGUACGUUGUCUAUUCAGGAUGAGUUAAACUGUCAUAAGAUUGGGAGUGCGGCUUCAAAGAACAGACCAAAUAAACAGUUUUAUGUAAAUAUAGAAGCUGACAAUGAACUCUCUGACCAAACGUUGACGGGGGUCGAUGAAGCAGAAUUGUCUAAUUCCAGUGUUACUCUCAAUACGUCUCAUUCUCAAGAUGCAGGGGUUUCAUUACGGAAAGAUAUGCCUAAUGAAAAAGUUUCAUCCCAAAGAAGAGAAAAAGUUACUAAUGGUGAAGGAAUUGAAUCAGGUUUUAGAAUGAGCGAUUUCUCUACAAAUAGUACCUUAGAUUCCAAGAAAAGGAACUGUUUGGAAAAAACUUUGUCUAGCACAGAAAAUUCACCAACUAGGAAAGGGAAAAAGAAAGAAAAUAAACACGAAUUUGGUUCGUGUUUGAGUAAGCAGGAUUCCAAAGAUAAGGCUUCGUCGAGGAAAGAUAAGUUUAAUGCAAAAUCUUCACCAAAACGGAAUAUAAAAAGCGUUGAAAAAUCGGAUUCUAAGUCAGAUUCGUUGCAAAAAACUAGAGAAGGAAAAAAAACUAAUGAAACAGAUUCAAAUGUAAAUAAUCCCAUCGUCAGAAGAAAUGUAAGUAACACUAAUGAGUUGGAUAAAUCAGGAACAGAAACUUGUAAGGUGGAAACUUCUUCUCGGAGAAAUAGUACGAAAAACGAAGAUGUCAGCGUUUCGCCAAGCAGAAAUGAGCAAAACGGUCCGAAGAAAGAUUCAACAGGAAAAAGCAAGUCUUCUUCCAAAGCAUCGCCUCAGAAGAAUGGCAAGAAAAAAGUAAAUGCUAAUGUGAGUCAUUCUCCAAGCAGAAACGUGCGAAACAAUACUGAUAAAGCUGAAAAUAUGUGUAGUAAACCAGCUUCUUCGGAGAAAGUGGAUGUUAGGAACUUUAGCAAGGUAUGUGGUGAUAUAAGCCAAGUAGAGUCAACUCAAAUAUGCACAGAAAUUAAAUCAGAUCAAGUUAUGAAAACUGAUGAUUGUAAAACACAAGAAAAAGAAAAUGCAGAUGAAAAUAAAAGCAACAAAGUUGAAGUGGGUGUUGAAAAUGAAGUAGAAAACACGAGCGGGUCAGUGUUUGGAUGUGUAAAUAUGAAAGCAAAUGGUUCCGAUGAUAUUGGGAAUCAUAGCGUAUCUUCUAGCCAGUCUAGUGAAGCGCUCAUGACAGUGAUUCAUAAUCAAACUUCUAGCAAUUCUGAUGAGACACUCACAGUGAUUCAUAAUCAAACUUCUAGCAAUUCUGAUGAGGCACUCACAGUGAUUCACAAUCAAACCUCCAGCAGAUCUGAUGAAGAUAUCAAGACUUGUGGUACUAAGGAUAUUAGUAACGAUAGAUUAUGGGGAAAUGUAAAGUUACGAAGAAAUUAUAGAACUAACGUUACCAAGAGGCCAAACAGUGAAAACAGGUCUGCAGAAAAUGAUCAACGCUCGUACGUGAAUCCAAAUCUCUCCGAGAAAGAUGGACGGUCAAGCUUGAAUAAAAAUCCUUCAGAGACAGGUCAAGUGCCUAACUUGAAUAAAAAUCCUUCAGAGACAGGUCAAGUGCCAAACAUGAAUAAAAAUCCUGAAGGGAAACGAUAUUCUUCAGGACGAAGACUUAGCGGAGGUGUUAAAUAUCAGUACGAGAAAAAAACUGUUGAUGAAAAAAGUACAGAGUCGAGCAGAAAGCGAGCUUUUGAGAGACGGGAGAGCUAUUCCAAACAACUGCGAGAGAAGAACAUGCGAAAUGCUGAACUGAAAAAGAAGGUGGGAAUAGUUAAUAAACGAAAUGGAGUAAGACUUCAAGAAGACUCCGCCAUUACUGUGAAGAUAAAACAUGUGAAAUCGAGACGAUUGCUCAGGCGUAAUGUCGAUUACGUAAAACGAGAACAAAAGGUCCAUUUCUCGGAGGAACACGGCCAUGACAGUUGGGUGUUGUUUACUGUGACUUUGAAUUCCUCCCUUCUGGGUCAUGCGUCUCACGAAGGGUUAGACUUACCCGAUGGUCGGAACUCGCCAGAGUUUUGUAGGUCUAGUCAAACAUUGCUUUGCUGUGUGCUACCGAAGUGUGGGAAUGUUAUUCCUAAAGUGAAGAAUGUUCUGGUUAGAAGUCCGAAAUCUAAUCUUAAAAGGCUUUCCUUAUUGCCUGUGAAGAAAUUGAGAUGGUCCCUGUUUGAUGGCAUGGUAAUGUUCUUCGUAUGUUGUGGUUGUAGAGUUGUUAGUUAAAGGCGCAGUUUAGCCUUUUGAGUGAUGGUUUUUAAGGCGCAUUACAACCAUUUUAAUAGGCAAUUUGCAUGUUUGAUUUGACUAAUUUUUGAUCCAGGCAAAAAAAGUAAAUUUCCGAAAAGAACUUAUUAAAAUUAGUAGAAUUGCAAAAUUUGGUUACGAAAUGUUGUAAAAUACGGUAAAUAGAGCCUUGCGAAGUUUGCAUAUUUUGUAUAUAUGUUUGUAUUACGUGCGGAAAUUGUUGAGCCGAAAAUGGUAACAAUUUCCGCAGGUAAUACAAACACAUACAAACUUUGCAAACUUUGCAAGACUAUAUUUUCCAAGCUUUACAACAUUUCGCAACCAAAUUUUGCAAUUUUACUAAAUUAUGUUAUUUUUAGCUGUGGUGUUUUAUUCCCUUCUCUUUACUUAGAUUAAAAUUUAGUCCAGGAAAAUCAAUUAAGCAUAAUUCAAGAUUCAGUGAACUCAAUGUUUUUAACAUUAAAAAUGUUAAAAAAUGUGAAAAACAUUGAAAUCACUAAUUUUGAAUUAUGCUUAAUUGAUUUUAUUUUCCUAGUUAGUUUAGGCCUCCAGUAUAUUUAGAUAGUAUUCUACAAUAAGUUGUCAUGGUUUGUGUCUGAACUACCUGAAAAAGAUACUGCCUAAAACAUGGGCAGAUAGUAUUCUUUAACAAACUAAUGGCCAAAGGCACAAACUAGAACGACCUGUAAGUAACGUGAUAGUUAGGUAGUUGUUGUUUUGCUGUUACAAGUUGCAUGUACUUGGUAACAAAUCUGAGCCUAUAUCUUAUAUAUCAAUCCCCUUAGUAUUUGAAAUAAGCUUUUAGACCAACAAUUAAUUAAUGUACAUAUACCACAUACAUUUCAGCAGGUACAUGUGGUCUAAUGAAAUAUUAAUGCCAAAACAAGAUACGUUGUUCCUUUGCUUCUAUAUUAAUCUUUAUAUACUAGAUAUUAGCAGUAUAGAAAAAGUGUAGUUUUAUAUGCGAGGACUGUGAGAGGAUGCGUGAGAGUUUUGUGAUGUUUUUGUUUCCUUUCCGCUCCCUGGAACAGGUUGGAUAUUUAUACACAUUAAACGUUUUUAUACCUUGUCGUUCGGACAGAGGUCCUCUAUGCGUUUCAUUUAUGAGAUUGUAAGCUCGGGUCGUCGUUCGUGGAAUCCACUGCUAAUUCUUCAGUUUGCAUGCGUAUAAAGCCUCAUCAGGAUCAAGUUGUAGAAGGAAUGAAUAAAAAGACAUCUUGUUCUUUGCUUUAGGUCACAUUCGUCAAUCCAAUGGUCAGCAGAAAACCAAAACUACAGAGACAGAGAAAGCUCUUUAAGAUCAAUCGAGGUAUGUUUCAUAUUAAAUGUUGUCGUCGAUAGAAACAAACUUGUCUGAGCUGUUUAUAAAUAUUGUUUAUAAAACACAGUAUCAACUUUCAUAAUUCACAGAUGUUCUAGAUGUUAUAUGAUGCUUUGUUUAUUUUAUAUAUAUACGAAAUAUCUUGAUGCAACUUGCAAAGCCUCCAUCCCUUUCGGAUGCCAUCAUCAGUUAUUUGGAUUUUCUUUUAUACAGGGCAUUCGGCUUCCUCUUUUCUACAGUAUGUCCGUUAUGUCUCUGGCUAGCUCUUCUUCAUCUCUUCUUAUUACGUGGCCAUACCAUCUCAGCCUUGCUUCCCUCAUCUUCUCAGCAAUGUCUAUAAUCCCACAUCUCUGAUCACUUCAUUCCAUAAUGUGUCUGACAGGUUCUCCUUCAUCUCUUCUUAUUACGUGGUCACAUACCAUCUCAACAUUGCUUUCCUCAUCUUCUCAGCAAUGCCUAUCAUCCCACAUCUCUGAUCACUUUAUUCCAUAAUGUGUCUGACAGGCUCUCCUUCAUCUCUUCUUAUUACGUGGUCAUACCAUCUCAACAUUGCUUCCCUCAUCUUCUCAGCAAUGCCUAUCAUCCCACAUCUCUGAUCACUUCAUUCCAUAAUGUGUCUGACAGGUUCUCCUUCAUCUCUUCUUAUUACGUGGCCAUACCAUCUCAACAUUGCUUCCCUCAUCUUCUCUGCAAUGUCUGUGGUCCCACAUCUCUGAUCACUUCAUUCCAUAAUGUGUCUGACAGGUUCUCCUUCAUCUCUUCUUAUUACGUGGUCACAUACCAUCUCAACAUUUUUUUCCUCAUCUUCUCAGCAAUGCCUAUCAUCCCACAUCUCUGAUCACUUCAUUCCAUAAUGUGUCUGACAGGCUCUCCUUCAUCUCUUCUUAUUACGUGGUCACAUACCAUCUCAACAUUUUUUUCCUCAUCUUCUCAGCAAUGCCUAUCAUCCCACAUCUCUGAUCACUUCAUUCCAUAAUGUGUAUCUCAGCCUUGCUUCCCUCGCCUUCUCAGCAAUGCCUAUCAUCCCACAUCUCUGAUCACUUCAUUCCAUAAUGUGUCUGACUAGCUCUCCUUCAUCUCUUCUUAUUACGUGGCCACAUACCAUCUCAACAUUGCUUUCCUCAUCUUCUCAGCAAUGCCUAUCAUCCCACAUCUCUGAUCACUUCAUUCCAUAAUGUGUAUCUCAGCCUUGCUUCCCUCACCUUCUCAGCAAUUUGUAGCACCCCACAUCUUCUGAUCUCUUCAUUCCAUAAGGCUAGUUUACACUAUCAAAGUUUCUGUGAUCACAGUAGGAAUUUUACAUGGGUAAAUUCUAAGUUUUGAAGGAUUUGUAAGAAAUAUUUGAGGGAACUGACUUGGUGUUUAGCACUCUGUGUUUGAGUCAUUUCCCUCAAACAUUUCCUACAAAUCCUUCAAAAUUUACCGAUGCAAAAUUCCUACUGUGAUCACUGAAACCUUGUCUACAAUAUCGUCACCUUAAUCUCUUUUUUCGUGUCCACCCCAUCCCAGUCUUACCAGAUAACAUCGAUGUGUCUCUGAAAUUUCGUUGCAGACUGAUGUAAAUAUUACUUCAUGUAAUCAUUAGUUGCGCCUUUCAAAGUAAAAUAAUUAUUUGCAGGCCUGUUAUACUACUGUAUGUAGACAUUGUCUUGCGUAACGAAUGAAGCAUAUCGUAUUUCUUACGUACUGUGUUAUUAUUCGUAAUGUGUUUAUUUUUUUCAGGUAAAAACUUCCUGCGGGCAGGACAGAUGAACACAAACGUCGUAACAUGGGCAAGAUUAUUGAAGAGAGCAACACCACAGAACUGUCAGACUACCACAACCACGCUCAGUCCUGGCACGUCUGGAACAUAUUCUGUCAUAUCCAAGUAAGUUGAAGUCAUAUUUCAAACUUGGGGCUCCAGUGUACGUAUAAUGUUGGCUGUUCCCCAUGUGUUAAGCUGCCGUGGUUUGUGUCUGAACUACCUGAAACAAUAUCUGCAGUCGGUCCAGUGUAGGUAGCUCAAAGUAGUCCCACUCUGUGAAAUUGGUUGAUGUUAACCGGGUCAAUACUGAUCAAGACAUUUGUUCGGACGACCAACAUUUCUUACUAAAUUUUGGACGUUUUUGAAUUGCUGUAUCUUGAUCAAUAUUGACCUGAUUAACAUCAAACUUUGGGAUUUUGUAAAGGUCAAUGUGCUCUUUCUUACUGUGUGGGUGUUGUAUUGAUUAUCACAAUAUUUAGGGACUCGUUAAGAACGUAAUUAUUCCAUUUUCAGCGCACAUCCUACAGCUAUGGCCUCACCACCUUAUCCAAAAUCUACUGAUGAUCUUUUCAACGAUCGCCACAAAUCGCCCUCGCCACCCGGGGAUAUGCAGGAGAGAUCCAAAACCAUGCCUCAUAAAAAGGCCGUCGCUCAUACGCCGAGAAAAACGGCUGAACAGGUUGGCGCCAUUUUCACUAUACUAAGUUUGUUAAUACUAUAUAUAGCUCUGUCAGUUCUAAACUGCUCUGUCUGUGUAGUGGUCCAGUAAGGAUCAUCUCUUAUUGGUUCAGUGUCAUUACAUGAGGAGACCGGUGUAUCCGGAGAACAACUGUAGUGUUUGGUGAAGUCAAACUGAAGCGCCCUUCUAGCCAUUUUGCUGGCGAUAUUUUUUCUCCUGGUGAGUGUGAUUGAAUGACUAACAUGCAAAAGACUAAAGGCAAAGUUUUCGUGGUCACAGUAGGAAUUUUGCAUCAGUAAAUUCUAACUUGAAUGAUUUGUGAGAGAUGUUUGAGGGAACUUAAAAUUCCUACUGUGAUCACAGAAACUUUUUAAAAUAGUGUAAACUAGCCUUUAGAAAUGUAUACUUCCGAAACGCAAUUCUGUACAUUUGCGUGCGAGUUCACUCAUUCUCAUACGCCAGAAAGAGAAAAUCGCGGGCAAAAUCGCUAGUGUUGAACCGGACUUAACUGAGAUGAAAUUUAAACCUCGAUCACACACGUGACAUGCACAAAGUUGAAAAUGUAUUUUUUAUCAGGACGCUCUCUCGGCGUUUGGGUUCUUGGGUAACCAGUACCGCGGUACGCCAGAAUCACCGACAAUAUUACCACGAAGGCCUGAAAGGUAGGUCAAGUUGUUGGUUACUUCGCCUACAGUAGUUUGAUAGAGUUCACAAAACCAUAUGGUAUUGUGACGAUAGUAUAAGUAACCCACAACUGCUCCACAUGCAGCAAUAAUCACUAAUUCGGAUGAAAAGUUGAAAACAUAUGCCUAGUAACACGUUUGCCUUGUUAAUAACUUGUUAUACAAUUAACCUUGUAUUCCAUUAGUUAUAACUGCCCAAUUAACCUACUAACAUCUGUAACUUGCAGUAAUAAUGGCGAGAAUAAGCCCCUCUCGGCAGAAAUUAUCACUAACGUCAAUCCGCGAGUGUUUCCUUCUGUUCCAGAAGAACGAAGGUAAAAAUAGUGUCUGUUUCAUUAAUGGAUUUACUGGUCAUAUUAAUAGGUGAUUCUAGGUAUAGACUAAAUUUUGAUCUGGACAAGAAGAACAAAAUCCAUCACCACAGCUAGAAAGAGCAUGUUACAAUUGGUAAAAUUGCAAAGUUUGGUUGCGAAAUGUUGUAAAAUGCGGAAAAUAUAGCCCUGCGAAAUUUGAAAAUUUUGUUUAAAUUUGUAUUACGCGCGGGAAAAUGCACCACAUUUGGCCCGAAAGUGGUGCAUUUUCCCGCGUGCGUACAAAUUAAUACAAAAGUUGCAAAUUUCGUAGGGCUAUAUUUUCCGCAUUUUACAACAUUUCGCAACCAAACUUUGCAAUUUUACUAAUUUUAACAUGCUCCUUCGAGCUAUGGUGAUGGAUUUUGUUCGUCUUGCCGAGAUCAAAAUUUAGUGUAUAGCUGCAAUCAUCUAUAUUACCAGGCACUAAUGAGUCUCUAACUAACUUCUCUAACAGUGUCAACACAAAUAACCAAGAUAUGUACCAGAGAUCAAUCUCAUCGCCUGCUGCCAAUAGUCAGUUGAUCAGGUAGACGCCAUCUUAGAACUAAUGAUGUAUUUAUUAAUUGCCAACCUAGGCUUUAUAUCCGUUACAACGCGGACACGAAUGUUGUAAAUGGCUUGUGAAACGUCUUGAUGAGAACAUUCGUGUUUUUCAACAAUUUAAAAUAAAUUAAUGAUAUUUUCUGAGAAAAUUGAACUUAAAGUCUAUGUAAAUCAACAUGAUUUUGUAUCAGAUAUACAAACUCCUUCACGCUCAUGAUUUCUUUUGUGUUUUCUUCAUGAAUUAUUUUAAUGAGUUUCACAAGACUUUUUUUUUCAUUCUUCUCUAAUACUAAUCCCCACUUCUUGCUUUGACACGCUGUAAACAGCAUGAUGAUAUCAUCCAUUUGCCCCGUUUAAUAAAACUAAUAGAGAGGUUAAACUGGUUAAGAUACCCCGGUUUCGAUGUACGGGUACGAGUAGCAUGAUUUUGGUUAGCAAUAUUUUCGUCGAUGUCUGUACCUUUACUCGUAAUUAAGGUGCACAUUUUUCGCAUUAUAUCAUUGUCUAUUGAAAAAACCCCAGAAAAAGUAUGAUCGAAUUACAGACAUCAGUAAAACAAGAUGACACUACUCGUACCGGUACACCGAAACCGGGGUAUCUUAACCUCUCUAAUAAAGACUGAGUCGUACACCGUCCUCAUCCUUCGAAAACAAACCCAUAAGAAUAUUGUCCUUUCUCAGACCUGGAAGAACAACAUCACCAGUGUCUUCCACGAUGAGCAUGAAGAACUUCAGGACUGUCAGCGUGUUGGGACGAGGACAUUUUGGAAAGGUAUAAGUUUUGGGAAAUUCUCGUUGGAUAAUCUGUCGCUGUCGCAAAACAUUGUAUUGUCUUUAGGACGAUUUGCACUCCACAACUUUUGCCUAAAACUGUCGCAUGCAACCUGCUUACAACUCGAGUUGCACUGUGUAAAUCAAACACACAACUCGCCUGCAACAACGUAGACGAGUUGUGUGCUUGAUUUACACAGUACUACUCAAGUUGUAAGCAGGUUAAAACUGUCUGUACCAGUGCAGGUAGUACCAAUGUGAAAAUGCUGUGCCGAGUGGUUAUAUUACUACCUGAAAUAAACAAGCAGAAACUCGACGUUUCGAGCGAAAGCCCUGUAUUUUCCCCGAUCCCUGCUACUAACUCUUGACGAAGGGCCUUCGCUCGAAACGUCGAGUUUCUGCUUGUUUAUUUCAGGUAGUAACAACUCAGCACAGCAUUUUGUAAGCAGGUUACAUGCGACAGUUUAGGUAAAAGUUCUCUAGUGCAAAUAGACCUUUUAACCCUUACACAAGUAUUCAUAUAUCAUCCAUUGUACGCCCACGUUUGUGAUAUUUUGUCACGGCAUUUUUCGUUUAGGUCAUCUUGGCGGAAUAUAAAAACACUCGAGAAUUAUUCGCAAUAAAAGCUUUGAAAAAAUCCGACAUUAUAUCAAGAGAUGAAGUCGAAAGGUAGGUCAUUAAUAUUUUUGGUUCUGAACUAUUUCUUGUUCGAGUAAUACCGUCACGCGACAGAAUAAGACCAUGUAUACCCUGUAAAGUCUGAUAUGACCGUUGUUCUUUUAUUUUACGUAGUUUACAAUCGGAGAAAAGAAUAUUUCUGGCUGCAAAUAAAACUAGGCAUCCCUUCCUCGUCAACCUGUUUGCUUGCUAUCAAACCAAGGUAAACUACGCCGAUAUCGUUUGUUUUUUUCAUUUCGUGUGAAUAUUCCAUUCUUCCCCAACACGCUUGUGUUUGAACAAUUCAGCGUGAACUGACGUUGAAUGUGUUUUGUGAAUUUAGCUAGCCUGGAUGUCUGACUGCACACGUAAAAACGCGCAAG